UUCUACAACAUGGUUAAACUUCAGUUGCUGUUAGUCUUUGUAACUUCUCUUCUAUUUCAAGGAAGUAAACAGGCUCAAUAUUCACUCACCAAUCGGAUAAUAAAUGGAGAAAAUGCAGCUCCCAAACAGUUUCCUUAUCAAGUCUUUAUUGAAAAACAUGUAAAUUAUGAUUGGAAACCUAAUUGUGGUGGCGUUGUAAUAUCGAAUAGAACCGUCCUCACAGCAGCUCAUUGCAUAAAGGAUUCAAUCGAUGCUUUUAAAAUCUACUUUGGAACUGUCGACAGAACCAAUAUUUAUGAAACGGGACAACAACGUUUGAUAGUAAAGCGAAAGAAUAUUAUCGGUCAUCCAGAGUAUGAUCCACACGAAUUGCUGAAUGAUAUAGCUCUUAUCAGAUUACCAGCCGAAAUUCUAUUUGAUGAGUAUAUUCAGCCUGCUAAGUUGCCUGAUCCAGACAAAUUAUAUGAUAACGAAAUUGGAGUUGCUUCCGGUUGGGGCAUAUCCGAUAGAGAUUCCUGGUAUGCGAAAAACAACCUACAGUACCUUAAUGUAACUAUAUUCCCUUAUGAAGACUGCAAAGCACUUGUGCACAAAUACAAUUACGCAAAGUUCUUUCCAUCAUCGUUUGUUUGUUUGAAAUCCAGUCAAGGCAGUCCAUGUAAAGGCGACUCUGGUGGCCCAUUGGCAAUCCGGAAUGAAGAUGGAACCAGUACUAUAGUGGGCCUCACAUCGUUCGGUGUAAGCGAAACUUGUGAGCCCAAUAUGCCUGGUAUUUUUACAAGAGUCUCAUCGUUUUUACAAUGGAUAAAAGAAAAUGAAUGAAAAGUAUGAGAAAACUUGAAAAAUAAAUAAAUAAUAAUCAACAAAAAUGUAAAUAA